ACCAAUGAGAGCGGAGCUCUGCUGUGAACGCGUCCAAUCAGAGCAGCGCGUCGAUGAGCGGCAGCAGCACGGUGAAGAGCAGCAGAUGACCGGAGCCAAUGAGUUCAAGCUGACCCAGGGUCCGGAGGAUAGCGUCUCGGCUGUGAAGUUCAGCCCGAGCUCAGCUCAGUUCCUGCUGGUGUCGUCGUGGGACUGUACGGUCCGUCUGUUCGACGUCAGCACUAACAGCAUGAGGAUGAAGUACCAGCAUCUGGCGGCGGUGCUGGACUGUGCUUUCUAUGAUCCGACUCACGCGUGGAGCGGCGGUCUGGACAGCCAGCUGAAGACGCACGAUCUCAACACGGAUCAGGACACAAUCGUGGGGACGCACGACGCUCCCAUCCGCUGUGUGGAAUACUGUCCGGAGGUCAAUGUGAUGGUGACGGGCAGCUGGGACAUGUCUGUGAGGCUCUGGGACCCCAGAACACCCUGCAACGCCGGGACCUUCACGCAGCCCGAGAAGGUCUACACGCUGUCUGUGGCCGGAGACCGGGUGAUCGUGGGCACGGCGGGGCGGCGUGUGCUCGUCUGGGAUCUGAGGAACAUGGGAUACGUGCAGCAGAGGCGAGAGUCCAGCCUCAAAUACCAGACGCGCUGCAUACGAGCUUUCCCCAACAAACAGGGUUACGUGUUGAGCUCCAUCGAGGGCAGAGUCGCUGUGGAGUAUCUGGACCCCAGUCUGGAGGUGCAGAAGAAGAAAUACGCCUUCAAGUGCCACAGACUGAAGGAGAACGGCAUCGAGCAGGUCUUUCCGGUCAACGCCAUCUCCUUCCACAGCGUCCACAACACGUUUGCCACCGGUACACAUCCACGCUCUUCAUUACUGCUCGCUGACACGAUCACUUCAGAGCUUUCUAAUGCGCAAACAUUUAGAAGCUUUUAAUUCCGUGAGGAUUGAAAUGUAGGCUAUUAGCGGUGCUGGACGGGUGGAAAUCCUCCUAUUACCCACGGCACAAAAAUCACCAUCAAGGAACGUUCGGUUUAGGUUAUUUACAAAUAACCU